AUGUAUAACUUCUACGUCAGCGACAUCGACGAUUGCUUGACAGGAGACUGCACCCUUAUACAGUACGCAGAUGACGCAGUGGUUUCAAUCGCUGUUAAGAAGGAAGUCGAUCUGCUAGAACCCUUGCAAGAUACUCUGAACAACUUGGCCCAUUGGGCAGUUGGAAAGGGUAUUGAAUUCUCUCCGGAGAAGACGGAACUGGUCGUUUUUACGGGGAAGCAUGAACCGCCACAGCUCAAUCUUUCUCUCUCGGGAAAGACUAUCGAGCAGUCGGACCACUUCAUGUACAUGGGUACCAUCUUUGAUCAGAAGGGAACAUGGGGGAAGCACAUCAACUACCUGAAGCAAAAAUGUCUGCAAAGAACUAAUUUUCUGCGCAGCGUCUCUGGCAACCGGCGGGGUGCUCAUCCUUCUGACUUGCUUCGACUGUACAAGACAACGAUACUCUCGGUGCUGGAAUAUGGCAGUUUCUGCUUCCAAUCAGCUGCGAAAUCACGCUUGUUGGUUCUCCAGCGGAUACAGUACCGAAGUCUUCGCAUUGUCUUGGGUUGCAUGCACUCAACUCACAACAUGACCCUCGAGGUCUUGGCGGGAGUGUUGCCUCUGCGAACUCGUUACUACGAACUGUCUUACUGGUUCCUGAUCCGGUGUGAUUACAGGAAUAAACUGGUAAUUGACAACUUUGAAACGUUGCUGAACCUUCACGUUGAGUCUCGGCGCAUGCUUCUAUAUUAUGACUUUAUGUCAUCGUGGGAAUGGAGCCCAAGCACAACGGUACAGCGCACGCCUCCGUUAACCAGCAGCACCCUGAUUGGCUUCGACACGUCCAUGAAAGCCGAUACUCGCGGUAUCCCAAACCAUCUUCUGCGGGGAGUUGUACCGUCGAUCUUCGCAUCAAAGUACAACCAUGUUUCUCCAAACAACAGAUUCUUCACCGAUGGCUCCAAGCUCGACGGCUGUACGGGCUUCGGUGUUUAUCAUGAAUCUUAUCAGCUGUUCUUUAAGCUGAAGGACCCGAGUUCGGUUUAUGUCGCAGAGUUAGCCGCGGUUUACUGCGCACUGCGAAUCAUCGAGACCAUGCCACCUGACCACUACUUCAUCUUCACCGAUAGCUUUAGCUCUGUUGAGGCUAUCCGGUCUCUGAAGCCGACCAGGGAGUUUGCGUUUUUCCUCACGGAAAUACGCAAGACUUUAAACAACCUGGCGGCUCAGUCUUUCAGCAUCACGGUGGUGUGGGUCCGCGCUCAUUGCUCGAUUCCGGGUAAUGAGAAAGCGGACUUGCUCGCCAAGAAGGGUCCUGAGAGUGGAGACAUUUUUGAAAGUAUUCCGCAGCAUGUUCUGCCCCGUGACCUGCAGUUUUGUUUAGGAAAUAAGAUGAGAACCGGUGUGAUGGGCAAGUCGCGUAAGAUUGAAUAA